CUUUUUUUUUACUUUACUUUUAAUACAUAAGAAUAGAAUGAAUAACACUUCAUUUAAUGACUUUGUUGCAAAUUCUAACAAUCAAAAUUUAAUCAAGGGAUAUACAUUUAUUAAAAGUGGUCAUGUUGUAUUCUCUGAAGAAAGACUUCGAAUAGAAAACCAUCUACUCAUUAGCAAUGCUAUAAUAAAUUUUCGAGAAUGGAGAGAAAAUUUCGAAUUAAUAAGAACAGAUAUACAUCCGUCUGAUAUACCCAAAGAAUUUACAGAUUUAAUUGCAAUGCUAUCGCACGAAAGUGAUGAGUCUCUUAAUGAUCUUGCUCACCGAUUAAAUGAUCUGCUAUCACCAUUCGAAAAAAAUAAAGAAGCAUCCAUUCCGUUCUAUAAUGCUAUUAAACAAGUAAUCAAAGUCACUGCAUAUCAAGAAAGAUAUGGAUUAGCAGACGUGGUUUUAUUGUUAACUGGAACACCUCCUCUAGUACCUGAACGAUUAUGCUUCUUUCGAUGGCAAGCUUAUGAUACAACCAUAUUUCCAGCAGACAUAAUAAAAGCAGCACAAAAAAGAAGAGAGCGUCGUAAAUUGUUUUCAAGUAUUUUUACCAAUGCCUUUCAAAGUUUAACUGCAGCUCAAAGAAUUGAAUUAUUGUUUAAUGAAUCAGGAAAUUUCUUUAUUGAAUCUACAAAGAAGGAUUUAAAGGAGAAUAAUUUUAAUGGAUAUUAUGCUACAACGUUAAAUCAAAAUACAAAAGUCAAUGAAACUACUCAAGCUCAAUUAUUUGCACCGUUUAAACCUGGGGAAUGCGUAACAGUAGCUCCUCCCGCUAAAACUCCACGUAAACGUAUUUGUUCAAGCUUUGAUACCCUGUUUUAUAUUGGAUUAAACGAUUCUUUUGAUUUGCGACAACGGUUUUUAAAUGAAUUAUCUCCUGAGGCUAAAAGAAAACGAGGAAUAAAGAAUUAUAGGUCUUUAAAAGGAAUGAUUGACUUGAAAAGGAUUUGGCUAGAAAGUAUUACAACAUCUGUAAAUCGCCACCAUUGUAGAGAUAAUAGUUAUAAUUCGCGUACAAACAGCAAUAAACAGUUACGUUUAUUAAAAAUGAAGUUACUUCAAUUUCAUGAGGAUGUUCGACCUGCUUAUUAUGGUACCUGGACAAAAGCUAUUAAUCAUUAUGAAAAUUCUAUUGUGACAGGAAGAAGACCAUUUGCAAAAGAUAAGUCAUUAUUAAAUUAUGAUUAUGACAGUGAAGCAGAAUGGGAUAUCGAUAUUGAUCCUUCAGACGAUAUUUACAUAUUAAGUCCUGAUGAAGAUAACACUGUAAAGUUUUCUGAUAGUACUGAUGAAGAUGACGAAAAUGUGAAUACUGAAGACAAAGGCAAAGACAAAAAUGUUGAUAUAGUAAAUGAAGAUGAAGAAGAGACUAAUCAAUGGCUUGUACCAGAAGGAUAUCUGUCUGAAGAUGAAGGAAUAUAUGUUCGAAAGAGACGAGCACGACCUUGUCGACCUAUUGAGAGUCGUCCAGCAAAAUGGCCAAUGUCUAGAAAUAAACAUUUUCCUAUGAAGCCAUUUAUUCUUGGCCCUUCAUUUGAGUUACCUGGUGAACCAGAGAAUCAUCCUUUAUCUGACUUUAAGCUGCACAUACUUGUUAAUAACGAUAGUAUAGGAUAUGCUCCAUUUGGCACAUUUUCUGAUAAAGACAUUAUUGACCAAACUGAUGGAGCUGAAAAGGAAAUAUUGAAUAGUACAUCAUUAGCUAUAUGCUUUGAACCAUCUGAUAAAGUAAAGCCACCUUUAUAUCAAAGAGAAGUAGAUAAGAUUAUGAAUUCAGAUAAAAAGGAAUUAAUUGAUGUUAUUAUGGAGAAUAAAACUAAAACAAUGAUGGGAUUAGUAGGCAUAUUGAAAUCUAGAGAAAAAUUUAGUGAAUAUACUACAGCACAAUUACAAGCCAUGAUUCACGACUUGGCUACGCAAGAAAUAAGAGGCACAAAUAAGGAAUAUAAUUGGUAUCUUCGAGCUACAUCUUAAAUCUAAGCAAUUUGCCUCUCUCUCUCUCUCUCUUUACCUUUUUUUUUUUCCUUCUCCCU